AUAUAUCUCAGUAUUCCAACACGUUUUUCCGCAAAAACUUAAGGAACCAGUAUAUUUACUUAUUGAUUUGCCUUAGACGGCGAAAAGACUUCAAGGAAAGUAGGCGUGAGCUCGAUCCUAAUAACAUAGUUAAAAUGAUGAAGAUAUUUCUUAACCUUGUAGUGUUGUGUACAUUUCAUUUGUGUAUAACUUCAGGACAAAAUCCAAAUGCUACAGAUGAUGAUAAAUGCUCGGAUGUAUUUAAAUACUUGUACAUAAGUGGUCUACCCGUUAUCAAUAAUUGGAAAUACGAGAUUACGAGUAAUGGUUUCGUGCGCUGUCAAAGCACGUAUAAAUACAGUUCACCGCAAGCGUUGGAACUAGGAUGCCAUAGCAAAAUACAAAGCUUAUUGUUUACUAAGUUGAACAUAAGAACUCCUACAGAAGACGGAGAGGCGGUCUACAGCAGAAAUAGCGACAUUUUUCUGAAUAUUGCAAUAAAUGCCAAACAACAUAAUGAAUCUACGAUUUAUUGUCAAUCUCUAGAUCGUAUUAACUAUACUACGAGAUCCGUCAUUGUGGAAUUAAUUUAUGAACCGAACAAAGAAUUACCAGAGAACAGGAGAAGAAGACUGUUUCUGGAGAAAACAAUUUCGUUCGCAAUAAAUACUAGGGCCGAUGGCGACGUUUGUACAAUCUAUACGUGGCUUCCAAUCUAUUCAGGACCAUUAAUGAUCGAGAUUUUAGGUAACUACGAUCACCUGGAUCAUUUUUG